CUGGAAUAAAUACUCUGCAAACCGGGACGCCUAGUUGAGCUAGGCAACACCUUCGUCCAUGAGCUGCAAAGCUUCGCGCAAAACGAAGUCUAGGCUUCGGAGGGAAAAGAAGCUUCGCGAGCAGUCCCAGAGUGUAGCACGUUAUUUUAAGCAUUUUCGGUUUUUGGACCUGCCCCCUGAGCUUCGAACCAAGGUCUACGACUUCGCUAUUGUUUGUUGCGAUGUUGUCUCAAUCACCAGGAUAUCUCACAAGAAUGGCUGCACCAACAAAAAACAGCUCGCCAUUCUGCACCAUCAAAACUGCGGAUUAGCAAAGCGAGACACGCAGCCCAUCGCCGGGCUACUUCAUACCUGCAAGAAGAUUCGCCACGAGACGUCGUUCAAGCUCUACAAUAGCAAUGCCUUUGGCCUGUGCGACGUGCCAACACUCAUCUUAUGGCUCGAGAUAAUUGGGCCCGCAAAUCGAGCAGCCCUGAGAAGUCUUGAAAUUGAGGGAGACGGUUUUGAUGACCUACUCCCCAUCAUAUCAUUGUUGGAUCCGGAGGGCGACUUGGACAGGUACGACUCAAACCCCUCCAUUGGAAGGGCUUCCCCAGGCGACCCAUACCGAAAGGAGACUGCGAGAGUCGGCGAUCUUCUUUCUGAAUCCCUCGUUCUCGAAGCGUUGCACCUUCCCUGCGGAUACAAAUUCUGGCAGCUCCCGCCUCUAACGCUCCGCCAACGCGAUGCAGACAACGCGCCGUGGCAAACCAACAUGGCGCGCCGCAUCGCCGAGACUCUGGUCGAAGACUUUGCACUCUUUUUCCGAAAGCGCCUUCUGCUCGACAACGAUACUGAGCAACUCUCAAAGGUCAUUAAGGUCGAUAUUGUACGCCAAAGGGACGGCGACAUGCCGGCGAGUCCAGCGAUAAAAGGCGUCUUGACCCAAAUAGAGGAGGGAGCAGAGUACUUGAACUUACUACUCAAGUACAUCCAACACAAACAGAACGGAGGCAAGCCAUGGCCGUUCUGUCUCGCUGAAUGAACUUACUAAGCGUGAUGAGCUCAUGCUCUGGAACCCGGAACACAAUGUUGGAAUAAAUGGUCGAAGCAUUUUUUUGAAGGGCGGCAACGAGACGGCUUUUCUGAAUCAAGCCAAAUGUCAGUAACUAGCGUAUCAUGUUACUUAGUACAAAGGAUCCCCUAACAUGGAGAUGAGCUCUUUAUAUGUGCAGUCUCAGCGGUCCACAC